AUGAUGAUCACCACACACGAGUCACACACUCAAGUCAAUGACAUUAUACAGGAAAUCAUUCACCAAUGCAACGACAGACACUUCAGACUGGAGAGAAACAGCACUCCUGCUCAACUGAUGGAGAAAUGUGAAGAGAUUGUACACAGUAAUGGAGGACAUCAUCUGAUCUGUACUGAAUGUGAGAGUGUGAAGCUGAAUGUGGUUGUGUGUGGCAGUGACAGACGAUUAAAAGCCUCCAUAUCAAAUCUGAUCCUGAAUGAGAGCGACAGAAGAUCAGAGUCCAGCUCAGAGUGUGUGAGGAUUGAAGGGGAGGUGUCUGGACGUCUGAUCACUCUGGUGGAGCUUCCAGCUCUUUCUCAGCUCUCAGAAGAGGAAGUGAUGCGUCAAUCUCUCCACUGUGUGUCUCUCUGUCAUCCUGGAGUUCAUGUUUUCCUCCUCAUUAUUCCUGAUGCUCCAAUCACUGAUGAAGACAAAGCAGAAAUGGAGAAGAUCCAGAGAAUAUUCAGCUCAAGAAUCAACAAACACAUCAUGGUCCUCAUAAUGCAGAAUUCAGAACACACAACAGCAGAACUCAAUGAAGAAACAAAGUCUGUCAUUGAAAGUUCAAGAGACGACACCAGUGAUGUGAGGAUUGUGAUGCUGGGAAAAACUGGAGUUGGCAAGAGUGCAACAGGAAACACCAUCUUAGGAAGAAAAGUGUUUAAAGCAGCUAUAUCACAAGAGUCAGUUACUAAAGAGUGUCGGAGAGAAACAGCAGAAAUCAACGGCAGACACAUCACUGUGAUUGACACUCCAGGACUGUUUGAUACUGAACUCAGUCAUGAAGACAUCCAGAGAGAAAUCACUAACUGCAUCUCAAUGAUACUGCCAGGACCUCAUGUGUUCAUUAUUGUGUUGAAUUUAGGACAACGAUUCACUCAAGAGGAGGCGAAAUCAGUGAAGAUCAUUCAAGAGACGUUUGGUGAAAACUCUUUAAUGUACACAAUGAUACUCUUCACCAGAGGAGAUGAUCUGAAGGAUGAAACCAUUGAAGAGUGUUUGGGAAAACCAGGAUCUCCUUUGAUGAAGCUGAUUGAAGAAUGUGGAAACAGAUUCCAUGUGUUCAAUAAUAAUGAGACUAGAGAUUGCACACAGGUUUCUGAUCUACUGGAGAAAAUAGACGUCAUGGUGACAGCAAACAGAGACAGUUACUACUCAUGUAAGAUGUUCAGACAGAUGGAGAGAGAACGACAAGAAAAACAAAUGAACAUAAUGAUGGAGAGAGUCGAGAAACUGAAUAGAGAGAGAGAAGAACUCUUGACCAAACAUGAAGAGAAAGAGAGAAUGAAGAAGAUAAUGGAGGAAGAGAGACAGAAUCAAGAGAAAGAGAAGAAGAGAAGAGAAGAGGAUUUUAUAGAGAGAGAAAUGCAAUUCAGAACAGAAGUAAAAGAGAUGAAAGAUGAGAUGAGAAGAGAACGAGAGGAGAAACUGAAGAGAGAAGAAGAAGAAAUAAAAGAGAAAGAGGAGCGUGAGAGAGAGAUGAAAGAUGAGAUGAGAAGAGAACGAGAGGAGAAACUGAAGAGAGAAGAAGAGUUUAAUGAAAGAGAAGAACGAUAUAAAAGAGAAAUAAAAGAGAAAGAGGAGUGUGAGAGAGAGAUGAAAGAUGAGAUGAGAAGAGAACGAGAGGAGAAACUGAAGAGAGAAGAAGAGUUUAAUGAAAGAGAAGAACGAUAUAAAAGAGAAAUAAAAGAGAAAGAGGAGCGUGAGAGAGAGAUGAAAGAUGAGAUGAGAAGAGAACGAGAGGAGAAACUGAAGAGAGAAGAAGAAGAGAUGAGAGACGAGAUGAGAAGAGAACGAGAGGAAUUGGAGAAACAGAUUCAAGAGGAAAAACUGAGAAGAGAAGAAGAGGAGAAAGAAAAACAAAAUAAAGGCAAUAAGGAAAAUAAAGAGAUUAUUAAGGAUAGCAAC